AUGAGUGGACAGCGUGAAGUUAUGGCGUCUCCAAAUGGACAGCGUGAAGUUAUGGCGUCUCCAAAGAAUAUAUACCAAGGGAAGCACUCGCCGCCGAUUGAGUGGACAGCACGAGUAACUUCAGCAAAGCCAGCAGAUCAACUACUGCUGCCGAUUGAGUGGUCAAACACAGCAGUUGAUAGUACCAAGCAACUCAUAACUUCACCGCCAAAUGAGUGGACAGCGUGA